AUGACUGACGUAUCUAUGGAGGUCUCCGAAUGUGAGUCUUCGCCAGUAUCUAAUUCUGCAGAUGUGUACAUGGACCACAAACAUAAACUUGAAGUUGAGAAGGUGCGGUGGUUCUACCGUGAGGGAAACAACAAGAGAUGGGUAUCAUUCAAUGGCUCUGAUUCCAUAAAUUUGGAGUUUACCUAUCGAAGUCACCAGGCUUCCUGUAAAUCUUGUCACAAUUCGGCUUCACGUACACCCACAUCAUGUGAGCCAAAGCAGUACUGUACAAAACCUAAAGUAUCAGUUAGGGGUGGAUUAUAUGAAGCGAAUGUAAUUGAACGCCGUUGUGUUCCUGUUUACUGGUCCGAUGACAAAUGUCCCACAUCCAUCCUGCGUGGUACUUGGUUUCGUGAAGGUUACAGUGGUACUCUUGAACCUUUAGAUGAUGAGUCAAUGGCUGAACGUUUGGAGGCUGAAUACAACACUUGGUACUUAAAAACGUACCAGAGCCCUAGAAAAUCCAUGUGCUCAAAAAAUGACAUGUUCGCAAAAUCUCACAGUGGUUCACUUCUCCACUCUGUAUUGAGUGCCCCAGUUCUACACUCUCCGGAUACUAUAGAAUCAGUUAGUGAAACAUUCAUUCAAACACCUGAGUCUUCUUUCUGUGAAAAUUUUCCGAGUGUAAAUGGAAGCGACUUGGAUGACAAUUCGUCUGCCCCCACUGCUUUAAAAAAGAGAGUCCCUUACCAAACGAUUCGCUUCACUGACUGCCAUAUCGACUGGUAUGGGGAAGACGAGUUAUACUUGUAUUAUGAAUCGACAAGUUUGUAUAUUAGACAAAAACUGGGGAUGCAAAAGGUUGGGACGCGUUUAUUUCGGGGCUUUACUGAACAAGCAAGUGCAGAAGACAAAUUGCCUGAUAUAUCUCACCUUUGUUUCGUUGUCCAUGGGAUCGGUCAAAAAAUGGGUACCAAUCCUAUUUUAAAAAAUUGCAAUGAACUUAGGGAAACAUGCGAUAAAAUAAAGGCGCGGUACUUCUCACAUCUGGAUGAAGAAAAUCAACGUGUAGAAUUUUUACCUGUUGAGUGGAGAACUUCUUUGCAGUUGGAUGGUGAUACAGUUGAGUCAAUUACUCCUGUACAUGUUCAAAGUCUGCGUACAGUUUUGAAUAGUUCUGCCAUGGAUAUUAUGUACUACACAAGUCCUCUUUAUCGAGCAGAAAUCAUUUCCAGCUUAAAAGCCGAACUCAAUCGGUUAUACGAUAUGUUUCGUCGAUUAAAUCCAAACUUUGAAUCUCGUGGUGGAAAAGUAUCUGUAAUUGCACAUUCCCUUGGUUGUGUUCUGAUUUACGAUUUAAUUACUGGCUGGAAUCAACUUCUCGAUAAUGAUGAACUCGCUGAAAUCCUUUUAGAUAAAUCAAGUGACAGAAAAGAUAUAUCCUUCAAUGGGAAUUCCUUGGCAAAUCUGGAUGUAAGAAAUAACUCCGGUGUGAUGUGUCACGAUCGAAAAGACAAUGUGGUAUCUUCUUCUGGCAAUUUGAAGCAAGUUACUCGUGUUAGUUUUCAGCUUGAUGCGGCAAAGACUUUGGUCAAUAAUUUAGAACAAGAGCUGAAUCGAUUGCUUGUAACUAGGAGAAAUCUGAAGUCAAAUAAUGCUCACAAAUCCAAUGUUGGUGAUUCUAAUUCUAAUCAAUCAGCUGACUUUUCAAUGUGUCCCCCCGGUUCUUCAUUGUUUCAACCAAGUUCUCUACUUUUUGCACAUAAUCUUGAGAACUUUUUCUGCCUAGGUUCACCUUUAGGGGUGUACUUAGUUUUGCGUGGUAUCCGACCUGGUCCCUAUCAGAACCAAGAUACGAUAUUGCCACGCAAAAUAUGCUCUCGUAUUUUCAACAUAUAUCAUCCAGCAGAUCCUGUGGCCUAUCGUUUAGAACCACUAAUUUUGAAGUACUACUCUAACGUCCAACCAGCUAUGAUUCAUCGAGCAGAUGCCACAUCUAGACCUUGUUAUGACAGCCUUCCUUUAAUUGCAUGUUCUGGGAAAGAAUUUAAACAUCAAAAAUCAGAGGAUUGUACAUCUAAAAGCGCUUCGGACACGAAUCAGUUAUUGGCAGCACAAGAUACUUGUACAGAUUCUUCUAGACGUUUAUCAAUUGCCAGUCGACUUUUCGGUUUCUUCUCACGAGCUUCACCGUAUUCUUCAACUCAAGAAACUGAAGCAAUCGAAUUUUCACCUCCUAAAAAUGGUUUUGAUCAUGGAACGUCAAAGACUGAUACUCCACCAACUUUUGAAUUAAGCGAUGAUGAAGAAAAGAUUAAUUCUAUGCCAGAAGAUACCACUUCAUGUAGCCCUACAAAUAAAAAUGAAACUCCCACUAUGUCAACUAGGCAUUCGACGGAUAUAUUUGUUAAUGAUAAUCUGUUUCUUGAAUCAUUACAACUGGAGCAUCGAUUGGACUUUGAACUGCGUUCUUCACGCUAUGAAAAUAUGUACAUUUCUCUUUUGACUUCGCAUACCAGUUACUGGACCAAUACAGAUAUAUGCAUGUUUGUUAUGACGCAUUUAUUCCCUGAAAAAUCGAACUCAACCGGUUGA